AGUAGAAAAAGAUGGACCGUUAACGAUCGAUUUGGAUGCGGCUCGCAAAAUGUGAAAGUAAAAAAGAAAAAGAGAUAGAGAGAUAGAGAGAGAUAGAUAGAGAGAGAGAGAGAGAGAGAGAGAGAGAGAUAUUUGCUUUCGUUCAUGCUUGAACAACAACCCUCUUCUUCUUUCGAAGCAUCGUAAAGGUCACCCUUAGCGACGUCGACGUACCAUCGAUAAUGGAAAGGGAAAGAAAGAGAGGCGAGAAAGGAGAAUAUAAGAGGAAAAAAGAAAUAUGCGGAAACACGAAAAAACGUCAAACAAUAGCCCGGAGUAAGAGAUAACGCUUCGAGUCACUGGUAGAAGCACGUAGGUGGGGAACACAAGACACACAGACACGAUGCGGAAUAAAUAGUGGUGUGAAAUCGAGCGGAAUUCAGUCGCACUUCUGGUGUACUAUCGUCGUUAACGUUUUUCUAUACACGAGAACGCAGUACGGGAGCAUCGCAAGGAUCGAUCGAUCAUAGUGUGACUCACUCGACGUGGAAUUAAAUAGAGGAAAAAAAAGAGAGAAAAGAGAAAGAGAGAUAAAGUUCCUUUAGAAUUGAUAACACAUAUGAGAGUCUCAUUAUUGAACGGACAAUUAUCAGUAUCAGCACGAUUGUCCUUACUAAAUCAUGCUCCUAGUGACCCUUUUACUUUUUUUUCUUCAGCCCUUAGUGAACGGCGACUCUUGCGGAUCGAAUUGCGAAAAAUCCGAGAGACCGAAAAGAGUCUUCAACAUUUAUUGGAACGUUCCUACCUUUAUGUGUCAUCAAUAUGGUCUCUACUUCGACGAGGUGACAAAUUUUAAUAUAAAACAUAAUUCUAAGGACAAUUUCCAGGGGGACAAGAUAGCAAUUUUUUAUGAUCCUGGAGAAUUCCCGGCGUUAUUGCCACUCAAAUAUGGCAAAUAUAAGAUAAGAAACGGUGGAGUUCCUCAAGAAGGUAACAUAACGAUACAUCUUCAAAGAUUUAUCGAACAUUUGGAUAAAACAUAUCCAAAUAGAAACUUCAGUGGUAUCGGUGUAAUCGAUUUUGAAAGAUGGAGACCGAUCUUCCGACAAAAUUGGGGCAAUAUGAAGAUAUAUAAGAAUUUUUCAAUAGAUUUAGUUCGCAAAGAACAUCCAUUCUGGAAUAAAAAGAUGAUCGAAUUGGAGGCAUCGAAGAGGUUCGAAAAAUAUGCCAGACUUUUCAUGGAAGAAACUUUGAAAUUGGCCAAAAAGACUAGGAAGCAGGCUGAUUGGGGUUAUUAUGGAUAUCCCUAUUGCUUUAAUAUGUCGCCUACUAAUUUCGUCCCUGAUUGUGACGUUACAGCGAUGCGCGAGAACGACGAGAUGUCGUGGCUGUUCAAUAAUCAAAAUGUACUUCUACCAUCCGUCUAUGUUAGACGUGAAUUGACCCCUGAUCAAAGAAUUGGUUUAGUGCAAGGAAGAGUAAAGGAAGCUGUUAGAAUCUCGAACAAUUUAAAGCAUUCACCGAAAGUGUUCUCUUAUUGGUGGUACGUGUAUCAGGACGAAACGAAUACUUUUCUUACCGAGACCGACGUGAAAAAGACUUUCCAAGAGAUAGUGAUAAACGGUGGGGAUGGUAUCAUUAUAUGGGGUAGCUCGUCCGACGUAAACAGCUUAAGUAAAUGUAUGAGAUUGCGGGAGUAUCUGUUAACGGUUUUAGGACCAAUCGCGGUUAACGUGACAGAAGCCGUUAACUAAAGAUUACCCUACAAACUUUUAA